UAGAAUUACUCGUCUCCAAUUCCUAACCUACCCAUCAUCUUCAUCCCUGUCCUAUGAAUAGUGAACUCAAACUCCUCUGCAACUCCUCUUUCUCCAUUUUCUCUUCAAAUCUCUCUCUAAACCACUGAAACUUGAACUUCUCUGUUUCUCUCACUUGUCUCUCUCUCUCUCUCUCUCUCCUUUUUCCUCCUUCAGACCCUCCUUUUUGCGGAGGAGCUCGCCAUUUCAGAUCUUUAAAUUGUAAGGAGGAAUAUCAGAGAGAAUGAACAGGUGGGUUUACGAGCAGAACGCCAUGGCUGCUUGCCAAGAGAUGAGGAUGGAAUCUGUGGUUUGUCCAAAGCCACGUCGUUUGGUUCUUCAAACCCCUCCAGAUAACGAUCCCAUCAGAGCUUAUAGAUGGCCCAUCAGCCAUUCCAGGACUGGAAAUUCAAGAGCUGGAGCUGAGUUUCUUGAUAUGAUUCUCACUAAGGAAAGUUAUGGUGAAAAUUUUAGCCACCAAUUAGCAACAUCUCCACCAUCCUUUUGGGGGUCUCCACCAAGUAGAGCUUCCAACCCUUUAGUCCAAGAUGAGCAAUUUGGCAAUGGUAACAAUAUCUACCAACUUUGCGAAGGGCCACCAUCUCCAUCAACUCGUAAAGGAGGAUGCGCCCGAAUGAAAUUCGGGCAUCGACCUGCAGCAGUUCGAAUCGAAGGAUUCGACUGUCUUAACCACGAUUCCCGAAACUGCAGCAUUUCUGCUGUUGCUUAGAGACCAUAUAUAUAACCACAGGAAGGUAGCCUAAGUUUUUGAAGUGGGAGGAGAUUUGAGACAGGGAAUUGAAUUUGAAACUGAAACUGAUGUUUUUCUUUUUUACCUCUUUUUCAUUAGUGUGUAAAGUUGUACAUAGGAGAGUCAAUCAAAUGCAUGAUGGUUGUUCUUGUUGAGUCCUUUUGUUGUUCAUCAAAUCAUCUCAAAGGAGAUAUCUCUGUAAUUAAGGUGACUAAUGAAAUGAUGUUUUGGACUAUAUCUAA